AUGCAGCGAUACCUGAUGAACACGUCCUACCUCCAGGACCAACUGAAGGAGCUCCACGCGCUGCAUAACAAGACCGUGACGGAGUACGGCGAGUUGGUGGAGAACCUCUUCAAGGAGUGCUCGAUCCUCUGCGACGUGAUCCCGAACUAUAAGAUUUCCGCCACGCUCGAGGAUGAGGAUGGCGCUCAGGGGGGUCGCAAGCAGAAGGAGGUGUAUCUUGUGCAGAAGCUGGAGCAUGAAGUGCUGGCACAAUAUGAACACUUCCUGCAGCUUCUUCGUAAAUUACAACGGAAGACGCAUCCGGAGCAACAGGCACUUGGGAGUCGUCUUUGUGCUCAGUUGGUCAAUAGGGCGGCAGACUUCAACCACGCCGAUAGACUGCUAUCACUGGCAAUACACUUUGCAAAUGCGAAGUCCACACGGGUUGCGCAGCCAGCACUGAAGGCCCUUGCAGAACUUCUCGAUGGACAGAUGGUGUCGGAUGCCACAGAGUCCAUUGUGUCCUCCAUGCUAGACAUUGUGCGCAAGCAGAGUUAUGCGAUGAAUCCGAAGCUGCUCUAUCUUCUUCUUCAUAUUCGUGUGGCGCUGGUGGACAUGCAUCGCCGUGACCUGACGGAGGAAAAGGCCAAGAACAAGCGACUCAAGAAGGAAGAUAGGGAGUUGGCUCGGCAAAUGCAGAAAAGUAAAGCCCGUCGGGAUCGGGCCGAGGUUGCCGUUAAGCAAAGCCGAAUUCUACACCGUGUUUUUGUCAUUUAUUUGCGUGUUAUCGAGGCUUCCAAGUCUUGUUCACCGCGGCAUCAAACACGAAUUCUUGCCCCGACAUUGGAGGGGCUGGUGAAGUUUGCUCCACUUAUCAAUGUGGAGCUCUACCAGCAGCUUUUGACAGCCCUGAAGGACCUUGUCAAUGACGAGACAACAUCCAUGACAACAAAGUUGCAUGCUCUUGUUGCGGUUGCCACGCUGGCGCAGAGGGACGCCACUGCGACUGCCGGCGAGUGGCGGGUGGACCUCAGUUACUUCCAUGAAGUACUCUUUCGUUGUCUUCCUGAGGCGCUUGGCAUCCCACGGAGUGACACGGAACAAAAGUUCGGUGCAGCAGAAGAGGCUUCAGAUGGGGAUGAGACGGCAUCACAAGGCUCCACUUCAUCCGCCGGUUCCCUCUCCUCUCAGGCAUUUUCGAUUGUCGAUUCCAUGGCGCAAGCAAAUAUUUUGCAGCCCAACGUCUCAAAAGAGUGGACGUUCCGUGUGGGCCUGGUGCUACGUGCUGUGGACUUGCUGGUGCUCUCACAGAAGCAUCUACCCAUCCCCCGUGUGGCUGCCUUUGUUCGCCGUAUCAUGCAAGCCAUCCCAUUGUGCCCGCCACACAUUGGACUUUCUUUGCUCACAUUAGUUCACCGCCUCAUCUUGCGCUAUCCUGCUGUCGGUGGAAUUAUCAUUGGCGGCAGCGACAAUGUCAUUGUGGGACGCGGCGCGUACAAUCCAGCGGCAACACAAACUGCUUCCUCGAAUGCCGAGAGUAGUUUUACGUGGGAAAUCAGUCUCUUGACGAGGAGUUUUCAUCCCACAAUGCGACGUGUCGCGGAUGCCUUUUGCCGUCACUUCCACAAACUGUCCAAGGCGACGCAGGGGCAGCCGCCAGUGGUGACAAAACAGUUGGACGCACUUGGACCGUAUGAAGUGCUGGAGUCUUACGACCCGUCGACGGGGGAGUUGCGACCGCCCCCACCACCGCCGGAGUCGGUGCGGCGAAGGAGCGGCGCCACAAAGCGAGACCGUAACGGCACGCCGCUGUAA